AUGUACUCUGAGCAGAGUUGAUUUAACUCUGGGGAUUUUACUGUGUAUUUUCUUAAAUUGUUUCCCUUUUUCUCUGUUGCAUUCUUAUUUCCAUUGCCAAUCUAGCAGUUGCUCAGUCACUUUUGUGUUAGUCACUCCUAAUGCUGUACAAAAAAUGCAUGUGGCCUGUAAAGAAGAGCUCUUGCACAGUAAAGUGUAAAAAACAGAGCAGUGAUAGCACUGAGUCAUAUAUAGUGUGGAAGUUUUUGUUUGCGGGAGUGUAGGUGAGAUCAUGCUGGGAAAAAAAUCUAAAUUGCAGUCAUAAAAUGGCCCUGUUGUCCUGCAAUAAAACGCUUUCGAGUUUAGUAACAUCACGUGAUGCCAUCUGAUGCAUACUGCGCUCAGAAUACGGCAAGCUGACGUCAAAUCUUUGAAAAUGUUCAGAGGCAGAAUAUCAUGAGGCUCAUCACAGAGUCUGUGCAGAUUUUGGCCACUAUUUUGCCUUGCAACUACAUAAACCAUCCCUAAACUAUCGAUCGCUUUAGAUGUCAGUCAGAUGGUCUCUUCCUGUCUUAGUGGGUCAAAAUAAACUGCAAUGUGGACCAUACCAGAGCUGUUUAGUCAAAAGAUCUGGCUACACGAGACUAGGAAGAGUCUGACGCUGCACAUCUGUAAUUGGUGUCAUGAGGAACACAUGAUGUGUUUGAGUGAAUGAGAGAAGGAAGCAUGUGACACUAGGUAAGAUUCAGGGUGACACUGAAAACUAAGCUUGAGCAGAAAAGAAAGGCCGAUAUUAGAAGAAAACAAGUUGAAAGGGGAAUGGUUGGAUGGUGUGGAGACUGUGAUAGAGAGAGACCUUGGGUUUGGUAUGAAACACUGGCUGAUAUGCAGCAGGUUCAUCCCUUACUGUUUAGGUACAGUCACAGGAGGAGAAAUCCUGGACGCUUCCCAUCGGAUGCACACAUGGAUCUCACCCUAGACUUACCCUGCAGAUGCCCUCGCUGUGGUGAGGGCAUCUUCAAGAUGAACAACAACUGGAAUAGGACCAAGGUGCUCGGAGUGCUGAUGUUAGCCAAUUUUCUCCUCUACAUCGUGGUGGAAGUGGCCCGAAGCUACGGGCAGGACCAGGUCGUCUACAAGCGACAGAAAAUGAUGCCCAAAGUGUUCUGGAAGAAGAUGAAAAUCAGCGAGGCGUUCUGGAAUCGUGAGCAGGAGCGUCUCGACGACAUCUAUUACCUGCCCCUUGCGAAUAGCAGCGAGCCCCCUCGUGACUUUCGAGGAAUCCCACACUGGUUGAAUGGCACUAGUCCGUGCCGGACAGACGGCAGAGUGAUGACACAGAUUGAAAACUUCAGUUCCCUACCACAGCGAUUCCAGGAUUUCCUAUUGUACAUGGGAUGUAGGUCGUACCCCUUGAUAACGGACGCACCCAAAGUGUGUUCUAAACCACCGUACCUUUUGCUUGCGAUAAAAUCCAUUGCGCCACAUUUCGACCGACGGCAGGCCAUCCGGGAAUCGUGGGGUCGUGCUGGUGUCCUCGACGGUCGGCGCAUCGCCACGGUGUUCCUACUUGGCAACACAGCUCCAACGGACAACUACCCGGACUUGUCGGAUAUGGUGAAGCACGAGGCGGCGUUGUACGGUGACGUCCUUCAGUGGGAUUACCGGGACUCGUUCUUCAAUCUUACCUUGAAAGAAGUCCUCUUUCUGGAGUGGUUUGGGACACAUUGCGCUUCGGCCCAAUAUGUCUUCAAAGGCGAUGAUGACGUUUUCGUCAACACGCACCAUAUUCUGACUUACCUAGGCAACUUUUCGGUGUCCAGCACAAAGGACCUUUUUAUUGGUGACGUGAUCACCAAUGCCGGACCACACCGGAGCAAAAACCUCAAGUAUUACAUCCCCGAGAGCGUGUUUCUGGGGGGUUACCCACCGUACGCGGGUGGUGGAGGCUACUUGUAUUCGGGUCAUUUGGCACUGCGGCUAAGAACGAUCUCUCGCCUGGUCACAUUGUACCCGAUCGACGACGUGUACACGGGGAUGUGUCUGCAGAGACUGGGACUGGCACCAGAGAAACACGUGGGCUUUAGGACCUUUGAUAUUGAGCAGAAGAACAGAGAGAAUCCAUGUGCUUACAAAAGUUUGAUUCUGGUCCAUCCCAGGAGCCCACAGGACAUGAUAAAGAUCUGGUCUUGGAUAAAUGACCCUAAAACAAACUGUGACACUACACCGGGCAAGAAUGGUGCGAAGAAACGCGGAAAAAUCAAAUAGAACCCAUUAUAAUCAGUGAUACUGUCUAUACCGGAUGUGGUGCGAAGAAACAAGUGCUGACGUACUCCACACAUGGGCUGGGUAGGGUGGGGUUUAAAAAUGAGAAGGCUCAGUGAUGUCACCUGAAAGCAGGGCCGUAACCACAAUAGACAUUGAGGGACACAAGUCCCCCCCAAUAAUUAGAAAUGGCCAAAAAAACUGUUGAUGCUGCUCUGCUGCACUCCAUUACGCACCACUCUGUUUGUUGAUAGGAUAACAGAAAGUUUUAAAAGUUACACUUUUAGGCUGGUCAGCAGUCUAACAGCACUCAUCAAUUUCAAAAUGAUUGAGAUGGCCAAUUAAAUCAAAGAGGGCGGGGCUUAGUAUUCACAGAAGGCGAGUGUGAAUUCAAGUGAAUUCCAGUGUGAAUUCCAAUUAGACAGGCCUAAUAUCCAGUGAUGCAAACUACUCAACUAUAUUAGACAUACAAAUAAGAGUGAAUGUGGGCAUAUUUUAAAAUAAAAUAUAGAUAUUUUUUAAUUGAUUAAUUAGAACUAUAACUUUUUAAUGAAAAAAAGGGUCCCCCCCCCAAUAUCCAAGACAUGGUUAUGGCCUUGCCUGAAAGGGAAGUUGUUUAAAGGGGUGGAGCAAGUUAUAUUUUAAAGAAAAAAUUUUAAUUUUCUUUGGAAUAAUGCGAACCGAUGAAUCAUUCACAAUGAGACCAGGAAGUGUAUUAAAAUAGGUGUCAUGUGCAUUAAACAUCUCAGAGGGACUUGCUGCAUUUACACAGUUUUUGCCUUUAUUUACUCACAAUGAGUAAAAUAUGAUGCAUUGUGAGAAAUCAGGGUGUAUUUUUAUAACAAGAAUGAGCUAAAGAGACUGAUGGGUUUAUUUUGUGUAAUUUUAUCAUGUUGCUUUUAUUUAUGCCUGUAUUUGUGUGAGGGAGAAGCAGAACUGAGCUGUUUGACUUCUAUUGCAUUAAACCUCUAUAUUCUCAGGAAGCUGUUGUUUGACGGAUCGCCAAUUACACUAGCAAAACAACGACGGUAUUAGAUGUUUUUAUUACUUAAUUUGUAUGCUGUUUGUUCAAGUGAGUUGUGACCUUUGUUGUAAGGCAAAAGAUGACAUUUACAACACACACAAUGACCUGAAUGAGCCGCUGAAGUUCAAAGUCUAGUCAAAUCCCAUUACUGUAUAAAUGUAUGUUAACUCCAUUGGGAGGAGGAGCACUGAGGAUGGGAUUUCCGUGUCAUAUCUAACAUGAAGUUCAGUAUAUUGUUCAAUAUGAGUUGUAAUCAUAUGUUCACAGAUUUGUAAUCAUGGAUAAAGCGAAACAUUCUGAAAAAGGCUUGCGCCCUUAUAUGUGAAACUUGUCUUUAUCAUUUUACAGUUAGUUAAGCACUCAGUGUUUUGUAUUUAAACUAAUAAAGUUCUGCUGUGUCCAUA